AUGGGACUCAACGAAGCCCCCGGAAAGGGCUCUGCAAAUUCCCAGGAUGUUCAUCCAUCGGGCAAGAGACCCCAUGGUCGAGCGGUGCAGAUCCUUCGAGGACUAGCUCUCGCGGUUUACUUCCUUACCUGCUGUGUGACUAUUGUCGUUUCGCAACUACUUGGGUGUUGGCUAUAUUUCGUGAACCGCGAGAUAUACUACGACUAUAUGUCCAUGACCAAGCGGUGGUUUGCCAUCGUCGUAACUUGGAUGACGCAGAUUUGGGGCCCGACAACGAUCCGAAUCAGCGGCGAUGAGUCGGUAGCGGGAGAAAUCCGUCCUAUGGAAGGUGGUGGAGUCCAAUUCAACUUUCCUGAGCGUUUGGUGAUGAUAGCGAACCACCAGAUUUAUACCGACUGGUUGUACCUCUGGUGGGUUGGCUACGUCAACCGAGCUUCGGCACAUGGCCACAUCUUCAUUAUCCUGAAGCAGUCGCUGCAGUACAUCCCCAUCAUUGGCUGGGGCAUGACGUUUUACAGCUUCAUCUUCAUGUCUCGAAAGAUGGCAACGGAUCAGCCUCGGCUUGCCUAUCGACUGGGGAAGCUGAAGCAGACCAGGACGGAUCCCAGCGGGAAGCAAUACCGCAUACCCAUGUGGUUGCUGUUGUUCCCCGAAGGCACCAAUAUUUCCGGAAACGGUCGACGAAAGUCUGCCAGUUGGGCAGAAAAGAAGGGGUGGAAAGAUCCUGAGCACGUGCUGCUCCCGCGUAGCACUGGCAGCUUCUUUUGUCUCAACGAACUCAGAGGAACGGUGGAAUAUGUCUACGACUGCACAGUGGCGUAUGAGGGUGUCGGACGAGGCAAAUACGGCGAGAACAUCUUCACUCUAUCUAGUACCUACCUCCAAGGUCGACCGCCCAAGUCUGUCAACUUCUACUGGCGACGAUUCAAGCUCUCAGACAUACCUCUCGACGACGCAGACGAAUUCGACGCCUGGCUGCGUGCAGAGUGGUAUAAAAAGGACGCGCUCAUGGAACAGUACCUGACAACAGGACGAUUCCCCGCCAUGGCUGGAUCCAAGGUCGACUUUAUUGAAACCAAGGUCCAGACGAAGAGUCCUUUGGAGAUUCUGCAGAUUUUCUCCGCUGUUGGCAUUGCUGGUCUCGUUUGGCGUAAUGUGCAGCGAUUUGGUGGUGCGGUUGCUGGAAGAUUCGGCUUCUUCGUGUAGAGAUGGUGCCGUUAUCGAAUGGACCGUGGCCCGGUUAUUCAGCAUCUCCGCCUUCAACUUUUUCCUAAGUAUUUUCUCGACAGUAUGAGGUUUUCAUUAGCGUUAUCAUGGCAUGCUUUCAGUUUGGCACGGGUUUCGUCUUUUCUUUUCUUGGACAGUCAACGGGGUGGUAAUCAAGCCGGCGAAUAAUACAGAAGAUCAAUGCAAGCUUUGGGUGUCUUCUGUUGGUGUGGAGUUUUGAGAAAGGGCAUUUCCUUGGGCGAGCCAUGAGUUGCCGAGGCAUCGUAUACCAUGGUGAACGGAAGGAAUCGGGUUUGACUGGGCUUGGCUUGUUUGACUUCGAUUGAUUGGAGUCUAUUGGAUUUAGUACCGCUUCUAAGUGGCAAUAGUAGAUAAUGAAGCAUUCAUCAUUGG